AUGCGUUCUGAGGCCGACGGCGCCUCCGCCGUAAUGAUCUGUUGCACCUGUUGCCGUCCCCCCAUUUGUGCUCCCUCCGUUGCUCCACGCCGCGCGCGGUCGCUCGUGCCCAGGGCCGCCCCUGCGUGUAGCCGAGAGGAGCCCUCGGGCGUCGCCUUCUCGGCGGUGUCUCGGGUGCAGCCCGCCCCGGGCCCCCCCACCGAGGGGUGGGGGGCUGCCCCCCGCAGCGGCGAAGCCCACGGGGCGCUCAGCGCUCGGGCGUCGCCCGCAGGCCCCGAGGAGAAAGCCCCGGGGGCCGCCCGCGCGGGCGGGCCGAGCGGGAAGGUCGAGCCGCCGCUCCGCUGCCUCGACGGCUACCUCUGGGGCCUGGUGGGCCAGGGCGACCCCAAGUGCCUGGUGCCGCUCUGGCUGUUCCGGCGCUGGGCGCAGGCGGCGACGGCGGGCUUCUGCGCGCUGCUCUUCGGAGCGGCUGCCUUGGUGCUGCUUUCGGCGGCGUCCAGCAUGUCCGAGACGUCCGUGGAUUACACAGCUGGCGACGUGCAGAGGGAGUUCGUGCUCGAAGAGGGCAUCGACGGCGAGGCCCUGAUCUCGUACGAGCUGCCCGAUGUCCUCGUCAACCAGAAGCGCUUCGUGGAGAGCAAGGACAACUACAUCGUGGGCAGCACAAUCAGCCGCUACACCUGCGAGGACGCCGAGAUCGAGGACGUUGGGUGGCGCCGCUGCCCCAGCCCGCCCGGCUCCGAGGAGUGCGCCAGGUGGCGGGGCUGCCCGCACGGCCCAGACUGCCCUGGGGACGCCAUCCAGUCCGACCCGAUCCUGCGACGGGUAGCCAACACCUCGUCCUUCCGCCCCUGCGGGCUGGUGGCCCUCUCCAUGUUCACCGAUAGGUACCGGCUCGUCCGCCUCGAGGACGGGCUGGAGAUCAGCCUGACGGAGUCCGGCGUAGCACUCGGCAGCCAGGAUGACGUCUACGACGAGAGGGUGCUCCGCACCUCCGGCGGCGUGGGAGCUGGGGCCGAGCUGACGGUGGAGGGGGUCCCCAGCUGGCUGACGCUGGAGGACGGCUUCUACGAGCACUUCAAGGUGUGGAGCCGGCAGCCGGCGUCGCCCCGCGUCCGCAACUUGUGGGCCACGGUGCCGGACGGGCUCCGCUCGGGGAGGUACCGGCUGGAGUUCACCGAGAACUCCAGGGUGUGGACCGACGCCUGGAAGGUGCCCUUCAAGCGAGUUACCAUUUCGGAGGCCCACGUGCUCGGAAGCUCGGGCGCGUGCGUCUUCCUCGGGGGCCUUUGCCUCGGCAUCUGCUGCCUGGAGGCCAUCAUGACCUGCAUCUUCCUGUUCGCACCGAUGCUGGCGCCGAGGGCCAGCUUGCUCUGA